CUUUGCGACAGACCUGAAGGGUGCAAGUGUAUGUGACCCGACGAGGGAGUUUAAAGCGGCUUUUGUUACCUAAUGUAUGGUGUAAAUGGUGCGCCUGUCUGACUUACUGAAUGGUGGUGGGACAGGGGGGCGCCUGGUGUUCUGUCCCCACGGCUGUAUCCCGUUAUUUUGUGUCCGUUUGCGCGGUAGCUAGGCUAACAGGGCUAGCCGCGUAACCCCCCUGAGGCUAAUAGGGCUAAACUAAACGCUGUUUAUACCCUCUUCUCUGGCACAGUGCAAGAUGGUUCUCUUGGGAUGCGGUGAUUCUACUAUAAGCACUAUUUUCUGCUGUCUGUUUUCUCCGGGGCCUCGUAGUCCAGGUCCUGGUGUUGGCCGUCUAAACUAAAGUCUGUCUUGGAUCAGCAUAUUCAUUUUGACUACCUGAGUACACUGAACCUAGUCCCAGGAUAGACAAUGGACAGCCCCCCCAAGCUAUCGGGGGAGACACUUAUCGUGCAUCACCUCCCCCUGGUGCACUGCCAGGUCCAGGGGCGCCAGUGCUGCAGUCCAGGUGGGAACACUAACCCUUUUGGCUCCCCCGAGCAUCUGGGUCUCACCCGCACCACCUCACUUCCCGAGCGGGAUGUGCUCCACCGGGAAGCACUGGUGUACAGCAGCCUCAUCCAGACGUCCAGCAGCAGUAGCUCCAGUUGUGCGGGAGGGUGCGGUGGUGGCGGUAAGGGGAGCGGCGGUGGUGGCGGCGGGAGCGUUGUCAGUGACUCUUCCUCCUUCACCUCCAAUGCUUCUGAGGAGUUUCCCCGGCCUCGCCCCCACCACCGAGGUAAGGGCAAUCCGCUGCGACACAAUCCCUUUCUCCUCGAUGCUGAGGAUGAGGAAGAUGCAGAAGAUGAUGAUGGGGACGACCUGAGCGGCUACCUGGAAGACUGCUCUUUCCAUCUACAUAACAGUUCCAGCGACGGCCUGGACAAUGGCAUGGAGCCACUGCCUUUCCGGCUGCAUGGGCCGGGCUACGCACGGGCGCCUCUCUCGGCUGGCACAUGGCCCUCAGACAUGGGCCACCUGGGCCCAAUGAAGGCCACCUCCCGCCUGGACAGCCUUAACCUCUUUGGCCUGGACUGCCAACGCCGGCAUGGCAGCAGCGGCUCCACGCUGUCCAUGGACUGCGGCGAACAGGAAUGGGGUGAGGAGGAAGAGGAGGAAGAUUUUGUGAAACGCACAGUGCCCCCCCAGCGCUGCUGCUGCUGUAGCGGUGGCGGCAGUGUAUCCGCGCUGAUCUCGGAGAACCAGCCCAGUUACGCCAGCGACUCAUCCUGCAACAGCUCGGACGGCGUACUAGUGAGCUUCAGCGCCAUGUAUAACCGCAUGAAUAACGCGGUUCCCGCCAAGCCGCUGAACCUGAACGCCUCAGCAGAACACUCCUGCGGCAGCUCGACUUCCGAGCCCAGUGGGGCUUUCUAUCUGGAUCUGCACGCUUCGCCAGCCGAACCCCAAGGCAGCAACCCCGCUCCCUGUGGCUGCCCUUCCCCCCCACCUGCCCUAGAUGCCAAUUGCAACUCAUAUCACCCGCCAUGUGAGGCCCCUACCUCUGAGGCCUGUGACCUGACCUCGUGCCUGCAGAGCCGGGCGCGGUUGGUCUUGGCUACACAGAACUACUACAAGCUGGUGACCUGCGACCUGUCGUCUCAGUCCUCGCCUAGUCCCGCUGCUUCCUCCAUCGCCAGCUGCUCCGAGGAUCCCGGCCGGGCCAGUCCUGCACAGCCCACAGAGUAUUACCUGUUCCGGCAGCCUGCAGAGGACGGGCAGGGAGUGGAGGAACCCCAGUCCCAGUGUGAGGACGACCCGGACGAGACCAAGCAGCCGGAAGAGGCCACGAUAGAAGGCCAGGUGUAUGUCAACGUGUCCCCCCCGCUAGCUGGCCGUGUGGGCCGUCCCCGCUCUCGCAGCUAUGACCAGGACCUGGAUCUGACGCGGGCGUCCGGUACCAGCCUCGCCUCCCUGGAGCGCAUGCUGAGCUGCCCUGUCCGCCUCAGUGAGGGAGCCUUGCCAACCUCACCUCCGGUACCUCCUCGUGUCACUUCCUUUGCCGAAAUAGCCCGCAGCAAAAGGAGGAGCGGGGCCGCGACCAGCGGCAGCUCCCCCUUCCUGAAAUCCAGCACCGAGGCCUCCUCCACUAAUUCCCAGUCCUCUCAGGAGUUCUCCCCAAUCCCAGAGCUGCCCCAGCUGGGAAAGAGCCGGAGCCUGCCUCCGCUGCCAUUCAGCUACUGCUGCAGCCAGACUGGCCAUGAUACGGCGCUUCAGACACGCUGCCAGCUGAGCGACGUGGACUGGAGCAGCAGUGAGGCUCGGGCCACGGCUGAAGGGGGCUCCUCAGAUGUCAUACGCUACAGUAAAGACCAACGCCCUACCACGCUGCCUAUCCAGCCCUUCACACUACAGCAGCAGCUGGGGAAGCCACAGGUCAAGCCACUGCGCCCCCUGCUGGGCGACUACGUCAGCCAUGUGUACGGGAGGAGGGCCCCUGAUGCGGCCCGCCCAUCCCCGCUGGGCAGCCACUCACCCGUGCGGCAGCAGGGAGCUCCCAGCUCCGGUUCCUGCUCCACCUGCAGCCCCAGUAGUCCACAGCGGCCCCCCCGCAGCCUCUCCUGUCCCUUGUCAGCUGGUCUGCUGCCCCUGUCUCGCUCUUCCCCUGGCCACAUCUACAGUCUCCAUGAUACCCAUGGCUCUGCUCCACCAGAACCCCGAGUCAAGGUGUCUCUGCCUUCCACUCCACCUCCGCCCCCGUCGGACUUGUCUGCAGCGACGAAUCACUGCCUGCACCUUCCUUCACUGCCCACACUGCAGAGCCCUGCUCUGGGGUCCCAGGCACACCCAGAGCCUGUCCAUCGGUGUGGAAGCAGGGAUGUCUCAUUGGCCAACUGUGCUGGACCCCGGCUGCCUAACGCCCACCAUCUGUCCCCACAGGCCCUGAAGUGGAGGGAGUACCGUCGUAAAAACCCCUUGGGGGGGGAGCGGGCUGGCCCCACCCUGUCCGGCAGCCUAGAUGCCCGGCGGGGCCGCGGCAGCCUCCCUCGCCGCAACGUGUUUGAUUUUCCAACGGCAUCUAGCCACGCUCAAGCCCGAUCUAAUGGCCAGUCUAUGAAGCAUCACUAUUACGGCGACUUCUUCCCCGACUACUUCUCGCUGACGGAGAAGCCCCCAGAGGAGUUCUGUCUAUCGCCUGACGCCGCCUCAGAGUCCAUCUCCAUCGACCUGCUGCAGAAAAAAGGUCUGGUGAAAGCCAUAAAUACAGCUGUAGAUCUGAUAGUGGCUCACUUUGGCACCAGCCGUGACCCUGGAGUGAAGGCCAAACUAGGGAACAGUUCGGUCAGCCCCAAUGUAGGCCACCUGAUUCUGAAGUAUCUAUGUCCUGCCAUCCGUGGCAUCCUACAAGAUGGCCUGCGAGCCUAUGUACUGGACCUGAUCAUCGGACAGCGACGAAAUGUCCCCUGGAGUGUGGUGGAAGCCUCCACUCAGCCAGGACCCUCUACUCGUGUACUCCACAACCUGUUCUCCAAGGUCAGCCACUACUCAGAGCUCACAAACCACAGCAUGAGGUUCAACGCUUUCGUCUUUGGCUUACUCAACUUGCGGUCUUUGGAAUUUUGGUUCAACCAUCUGUAUACCCAUGAAGAUAUUGUGGCGGCACACUACCACCCCUGGGGCUUCCUGCUUCUUUCUCAGGCUACCUGCCAUCCACUUUUUGAAGAGUUGCUACUGCUGCUCCAACCACUAUCUCUACUGCCCUUUGAUCUGGACCUGCUUUUUGAGCCACGCCUGCUUCGGAAGGGCCAGGAGCACCAGCGCAACAAGAAAGAGCUGUGCUCCACUGGCCAAGGGUUGGAUGGCUCCAUGCGCUCUACUUUCCAACUCAUGCGAGGCUUGGGGCUGGAAUCAAAAUCUGAAGUAUUGGACACUGGGCUCAAGGAGAGGAUAGGAUUAUGGAAUAAAGAGGCUUGGUCUAUGAUGGAAGGAGCGAGGUCAAGGAAAGAUGGCAUAGUGCAGAGGAAAGAAGCAGUUGGGCUGUCUCAAGAGGGCAUCGAGGGCAAUAGAAUAGAGCUUGAAGCCAAGGAUAGAAGAAGGACCGAAGGAGAACCGAAACUGGCGAAAAGAGGAGCCGAUCUUUGGGGAGAUAGCAGGGAAGGGGCACCUUGGGGUGCAUUGAGAGCUACUGGGGUUGGCAGAGAGGAAGUCAAGCGAGAGGGUGAGACAGAGAGAGAACCUCAGUUCAUUGGUGGGGCAAAGCCACGCGACCGACAAGCAGGUUGGUGGUACCAGCUAAUGCAGAGCUCACAGGUAUACAUUGACAAUUCUACCGAGGGAUCGAAAUUUGUCAAGUGGGAAAAAAGAAAGAAACCCACAGGGGAGUGUCAGGGCGCCAGGGUGGUGGAGGAUCUAGGGUUACGUCAGCAGAGCCAGCCACCACUCAGAGAAGGUGUGGUGGAAGGUGCAGAGGCGAUUCAGGAGAAGAAUGCUCCAAAAGCCAACGGUGGUCCCCACUCCAAAGCCAAAGGCAAACCCUUCUGGAUGGGGAGCCCCCCAGAGUCUGUACUGAAUGAGUUGAAGAAGAGUGAAGAGAAGGAGCCCGAAGGACAACGAGGAGUAAUGGGGGCCGAAGAGGAGCCCCCACAAGGCAUGCGCUGGAGCAGGCUGUUUGGAGCCACAGUUGGCCCCCCCAAACGAACUCAGAACAACACAGAACGCCAUGUGGCCCGGUCUCAGAAGAACAGACUUCCAUCUGAGUGGCUGAGUCUAGACAAAUCAGUGUUGGACUUCAUGGCACAGACGGUUGGGGCAGGAAAGAAGCUCCACCCUCCACCUCCUCCUCAGAAGCAGGUCGCAGCUGCAUCACAGCAGCUAGAAACACAGGCUUCGUGGCAACCACCUCCACGGGUAAUGCAGAGCCACCAUCACCAUAUUGCCAUAGACCCCGGGCACUUGAGCUUCGGUCGGGGGAACGUGCUGCGAGUAAUGGCUUGUGCACAACCUGACUGGGAGGAUCACUCACCGGAGGAUCACACCGACGCAGCGCCCAUCGCUUACGCUUCGCUGUCCGAGAAGCCCAGCGGCACACGCUGAGGUCCACCGGAUGAGCGGAGGAGGAGGCAAUGAAAAAGACAUCUUCCACCAAUAUCGAUCAACAUCUAGACACAGUUAACUUCUACAAGCUUCUACUGAUUGCAUGAGGUUUUGGAAGAGUCUGCAGUAAGUUUAGGCAGUUCUGGGUCAUCCAGAAUAACAUGUGUUCAUUCACACUCUCACACACACUUUUUCUUCAUCCUAACUGCAACUGAAUGAAUGCCCUCAGAAGUAUUCUAUUUGGAGAGAGGGGGGUCUUUUUAUAUAUACCUAUAUACACACACACACACACACGCACACACAUCCAUAUACAUAUUGUAUUUCUGCUUUUUAAAUGGCGUGGUAAGGAUUGGGUUUUUAAAAGCCUCUGGGGAAGUUUGUGAUGCAUUAUGGAAAUUUUUAUUUUUUAAGCACAAAGAGACCAGGUUAUUCUGGAUGCCAGUUUGUAUGAAAGUUGGAUAAGGUCCGGCUACAAAAUCUACCCACCGUUAAAUUGUUGUUAUUAAUGCAACAAACAUGGAUUAGAAUUGGUGGCUUUUGAAAAAUGGAAAUAUUUCUGUAAAGUAUUAUAUGCAAAAUUUGAGUCAUGCUCAAAAUAUUUCAGUCACCCAACAAAUUUUAAGAACAGUAAAUGUCCAGAGUGAGUAAUCGUUCUUCCGGAUGUGUUUUUGCAUCAGUGAGCCAAAGUUGCAUCAAUGAGCCUCAUUCACUUUAAAAGAAGGUUCACUUUGAUGGAACAGAGGAUCUGCAUCUUCAUAAUUGUGUUGCAUUAGGGAAAAGGUAUGAACUGAAACAAGGAGUAAAAAUGGAAUCAUAGACCAGAUGUGCGUCUCCAGUCAAUCACGGCAUAACUAAGCCUUUGGCCAAUUAUGUGCUCAGUAAACAGUUCAGCCUGGCACUCUAUUUGAACACCCUGUAAAUAGGUAUAACUUUCCUCCUGCAGUUCUGAUGCUGGAUGUAUGAGUGGCACAGCCUGGUUUGAAGAACAUGCAUUCGUUUUCCUGUUUGUGUUCCAUAAAUGAGUUCAUUUCUCUGAAGGAGAUGCUUCUGCUGCAGAAGGUGUAUCACUUUCCACUAGAAGUAUGUUUGUAAAACAUGGGGUUUUGACGGCCUCUCAGCUUGAAUCAGAACUCCAGAUAAACAGCUGCUUACUCCCUCUCUGUCCUCUAUCUCUCGUUCCUCGAAAGGACAACAGAACUUUCAGAAAGGGAUGAAUUUGUCUGCAUGUCUCCCAAAACAAAUGCUCUGCUUCGACUGUCAAAAACUUGUUUUUCUGGGAUGUUCCUCUGCCUGACUUUCAGCACCACGACCCCAUAGUCCUCAGUGCUGUGAGUAGAAAGGGAAACAAAGACGACGACGUGUAUCCUAUUUGUUGCAUUGCAUUUAUUUAUUGACUAACACAGUAACUGUUCAUCAUGAUGUAAUGUGUCUGUUUAGUUGUAGCCAAGUUCACAGCAUUGGUUAAAGAUGCUAAAUGAAAGCAUAGGAGUACCCUGGUUGGGAAUUUGAGAAAAUGCCAUUAAGGUAAUUUGUUGCACUUUUAGUGGGUCAGUUGCUAUGCUUUAGGCCUCCUUAGCUGUACAACGUUGUAUCUGCAUCAUGAGCAGAAUUAGGGAGAAAGUGGCUUAUUUUGUAUAAAAUCUUCUGCUUCAAUCAUUAUCUUCACCUGGCAGAUGGUGGUGAAAUGGGCCUUAAGGUUUGUAAGCUGAUAAAGCAGAGUAAAGGUAAAAUGAUGAAAAGCAUUUGUUUCUUUUUGAAGGAGAAAUCAUUUAUUUUUGCAAAUUUUGUCCAAUACAUUUUUUUCCCUUUCAUUCCAAGUAGAAAAUCUUCCUUUACUCUGUUCAGAUCAGUUUAAAGCCUUAUCAGAUCAUCUCCUAGAAGCGAGGAGAUAUUUACUAAUUGUGUUUAUUCUGUUAGUAUUUUAAUUUAUUUUAAUGUUACUACUGUUGGUUGUACAUUUUUUUUUGUAAAAAUGUAUAUUUAAUUGACACGUAAGCAGAUGGAUGUACAUAGUCUAUCUGCACUAAUAUUAUCUGUAGGUUUCUUAUGCUUGUUUACAUUUCUUUUUUAAUUUGCUCCCUGUAGUUGGGUGGUAAUGGAGAAUGUGGAUUAAAUGUCUAGUUUUGCUUCCAGUGACUUCAUGCUGUAUAGCCUAUGAAGUUGCACUGGUUUGGUUGGAGCCCUGGGACAUUUUUCCAUCUUCACGUACAUCCCUAGCAGAAAUGACAGGCAGUUAUAGGGCCAGUUGCAUGGCUGCAACUGAGGCAGUGAGACAGAAUGAGAGGAGUAUACAAUGGUGCCUUUUAAAGAGAGAGAUCGCCUCCUUGUGGCCAGAAAUGCACUGCCUAGACCUGCUUCAUACAUCUUUGUUGGCUCCUCAAAUUGCUUGAUGUUUAAGCUUAAGGAGAAAUCUGUACAUCUCAUUUGUUAUUUUUUUUAUCCUUAUUUAUAUGUUACUACCACGUUUCCUUCAGCUUGUACUUAUUCUCAAGUGGCACCGAUGUUAUUCCUUUUGUCAAUGCUAUGUAUGUAUGACAUCAGUAUAAUAUGGAAAUUAAGAAUUGAGUGAACACAACUAAAA